AUGGGCCUUGAUCCAAGUGAAUCAUUCAGGCAACUUCGUCCCAUAUGCAUUAAGUUGUCGAAGGAACCAUCUCCUCAAAACAUAAAGGAUCUCGAAUGCAAACUACGAAAUGUAGAUGCCACUCAUCUAUCCCAGCUAGUAGAGUAUGUGCUGUUUCCACUGAAACUUGCGCUACAGAGCACUAAUGCCACAAACGAAUUACAAGAAACCGCUGUUGGAUGCAUGGAAACUCUGUUUAAACGCACUUGUGUUUCCCAGCUGGGCACUUUUGAAGAUAUUUUUAGUUAUUUGUGUAUGCUUCUGAAUUCAAAAGAUAGUGGUCUCGGUCAAGUUGCUGAUAUACCAGAAGAACUGAAACUCGCUAUCGUAAAUUGCCUGUCUUGUCUGAUCCAUCACACUUCUCUGGUUGUUAAAGGUGCUUUCUUUUCACCACGUUAUUUACCUGUCCUUGGACACUCAGUCAGUAUUUUACUUGCAUUAGCUGAGAAAGAGAAAGCUAAAAACUUAAAAUUAAGUGCUCUUGGUUGUCUGGUUAACCUUGCCUUGUGCAGUGAAACUAAAAGUGGUGAACAUUUAAAGCAAGAUGAAGAUAGAGAGGCAUUAGAAAAUGCAAUCAAGGAUUCAUUGUCUCUUACCUUUGCCUCCUUUAUUCCUGGAAUAUCAAUAUCUUUGUGUCGAGUCAUCACCGGGGACACCAAGCAAGGACAUGCAGUUGUUAUGCAAGCAGUUGAACUUUGGGGUGAGAUUCUCUCUCUUGUGAUGAAUGACAAGUAUAUCCCAGUUAAACCAGCAGAGAAUGAAGAUGUCAUCUCACAACUUUUUUCUUUCACAACUGAAUUGAACUCUGUUGGAGAACUAGCGAAUGAAAAGGCGAACAUUUCCGACUCAAACCCUGAAAAGCAAGAUAAAAUUCAGAGCUUGAAAGUUAACAGGACUGCUGAUUGGUUAAGAGACACAGCAUCAAAGUUGAAAAUUGUCAUGGAAAGGAUGAAGAUCAUUUCCAUGCAUCCUAACUGGAAAGUGCGACUUUCACUCAUCAAGUUUUGUGACAAGCUGUUCACAAACUGUUUGGGGUCGUUACAAACCUGCGUUUCUACAAUGGUGAAUUUACUAGUGGGUUUGAUCGAAGACGACUAUUCACAAGUUGCAUCAGUUAGUAAAACUACCUUACAAAAAUUAUCCAAGAGGAUUGGAAAUGGUAAGAAAAAUGUAAGUUAAUUAGUUUUACCAUCAACUUGUAUUACAUGUAACCCUCUAAGGUUAAGAGAAGGUGCUAUUAAAAUUGGCCAUAUAUACACUAGAGAGGGAUUAUCCACAUGAGACGGAUGAUCCAUCUACAAAAUCCAUCAAAAUUGAGGGAAGAACAGAUGGAUAAAGUCGGGCAGAUUCCUCCAUCCAAAAUUAAGAUGUAUGUAUUAUCUAUAUGAUGUGAAUUAUCCAACAGAUAACCUGUCUCAGAUUGAUAAUCCGUCUCUAGUGUGAAUACAGCCAUUGUGGUGGAGGCAUGUAAUGCAUUUAAGCAAGGAGGAUAACCCUUUACCAGCCUGUAGGCACAUUAACCAAUAUAAUUAUUUUCAGCCAUACCUAUGGACAGAUAAGCAGUCUGGGAGGAAAAAGGCUUUGAAAGGUAGACAGUGUGUAAGGAAAUUGUGAUGAAUGAAAUGGCAUCCAGUCAAUUUAUUGGGAUCCUUGAAACAGAGCGGAGACAUGGUGGGCGAGUAACUCAAACUUAAGAUCUGUAGGUCCUGCAGGUUAAGCUUUGCUAUUGUUUUUCGUUCUUGGAAAAGAAGCUUUGCUACAUUAGGUAUCCCUUCUAGUAAGUGACACACAUGCUGUACUGCUGGGGGGAAAACUUGUGAUAGACUACAAUGUACCAUUCCAUUUAGUGGGGGAGGUGCAAUACAUAGAGAAUACUUCAUGGCAAGUGCUGGUGUACGGUAUUUACACACGAGUUGUUGACGUAUCAGAAAUCGAACGAGUGAGCGCAGCAAACGAGUAAGAUUUCUGAUACAAAAACAACGAGUGCGUAAAUACCCUACAAAGCACUUUCCAUGUGGCAUUGUGUUUAUUACAAACAUACUGAGACAUUCAUCAUUUUGGCGGCCUUUUUAUUUUAAAUCUUUAACAAAUGCUGAAAUUUGCCGCUAAACACUUACUGCAAAAUGACAACAAAAAUAAAGUAUCAGCUUUUUAGUAAAAAUGUUUGUUAAAAACAUAAAUGACAGUGAGGAUAUGAGGUAAUCCAAGAACUGUAAGUAAUCUUAAGUGUUUGUUCUCAAUGCACAAUUGAAAAUGGGUGAAUUUAAGUAAAAUGGUCGGUUUCAAUAUAAGCUUAAGCUUAAAUGAAAGGCAAAGUAGCUCCGACAAAAAGCACAACAAAAGCUUACGUCUCGUUCUGUUUUUCCCUUUCCGCUGUUGUUUUGCCGGCUCUCUACCGUUUUCUUUAUCGACAGUGAAACAAAUGAAACUAUUCCACUCCAUUUCCAAAAUGUUUUUCACUUUUUUAGCGAUUAAAACUUUUCUCAUUGAAUGUGUGCGAAGCAGUGCUGCAAGCUGCAAUAAAAAGCGGGAAUUUUGGCACGAAACUCACACACCUUUGUGGCUUCUGAUUGGACGUAUCAUUUUUCUCACAUGCGAAAAAACAUCAUUCGCGAUUCUGAUUGCGCGUAUCAUUUUUUUCACGUGUGAAAACCAUCGUUCGCUCCUCUGAUUGGCUAUAACUAAUUUGCAUACGAAAAUUUACGACAUAGCUUUUUGGUGAGUAUUUCUCAGUAUGUAUAUAAUAAUCUCAGAUGCCUCAUGUUACAGAAUUCAGGGGAACAUCUCCGUCCAUCUUGGUCAUAUAGCCCAUGUGCAUCUUCAUCUUCUACCUUUAGCACCAUUGAAUCACACUGCAGUAACCCUCCCACCCCCUACAUUUGACUGCAUUUUUCACACAUACAGUCUGUUGUUUGGAAAUUUGAAUAUGAAGGAAACAGUUGGAGAGGAGGAGAGCACAUACAUGUACAGCAGUCGAGACCUAUAAAUUUUUUUCCUCAAGGAAGGAAGGGUCUACAGUGCAGGUACUUAAUCUGUACUUGUGAGCAUUUCACAUUUAUUUUUUAAGGUCCCAGCACAUUGAAUGCAUUGCUAGAAGAGAACCUUCAUUCAACUCUGACAGCACUUCCAAGACUGAUGAGAACAGCUGAUGAUGCCAAAAAAAUCCAAAGUCUAAAUCUUGUCCUUGGCUACAUGAACCUUCUUGGAAACAGGUUGAGCAGUUUGCUAAAUUCAUCUUCACAUCUCAAGAGGCUUUCUCUUGCACUGGUGCAGGUAACAGAGCUUAGUGUCUAAGAUUUAAUUUUGCUUUUUUUUGAUCGGGUGAGUCCUUGAUACAAAACAUUAAUCCGUGAAUUAAAAUAAUGUUAUUUUCAAUUUUUCAUGGCACAUGAAUCUAUUACUUACUAGAUUUUUAUGUGAAUUUGAAGAAAUUUGAGGAAUUAUUCGUGAUGCAUGAAAAUUCUCAAUAUUUUUUAGUGAAAGCAUUUGGCAAAGGUGUGUAGGGAACCUCAAUUAACCCUUUGCGCCCCAAGAUUCACGUACUAAUUCUCCAGACUGAUCUGAUCAAAGCAUUCUCCCUUUAGUAAUUAAUUUAGUAACCUUUACUCUUGGUGAUCGACUGAUGUUGUUGGGAAAAAAUUGAUGUUGGUCACCCGUGGGACAUUAAGGGUUAAAUGCUGCUUGUUGUUUACAUACAUCUACAGUCGUACAGAUGUAUCUCAUGUUUGAUUGGCUUUUUUCAUUUUCAGCACAAUAACAUUUUAGAAUAUUUGGGGCUAGUUUUGUGAACCCUGAUAUUACCAAUUGACGGUUACAUUGUACAUUCUUAUAAGGAGCUCCCAACAUAAACUUUUUGCCACUUAUAUAACCUAACUUCAAGUUGACCUCCCAUAAUUAGUGUAAGUUCUUAAAAGCAAGCGAAAUGAGUUUUAAAAUGAGGUUCAGCAGCAUUGUCACUAAUACUCGACUUGUUUCACCUGGAUGAAUUUGAAUCAUAUUAAAUAAAUUCAUGCGGGAAAAAAUGAUUGACAUAUGCUGUGUCAGGAGUUGGUGUCCAAUAUCACUCACUCUCCUGUUGGUCAAUUGUCAUGAUGUCGCUGGUGGAAUUUUCAACUGGUGUUGUUGAAUUUUGCACCAAACAGGUAGUAAAAGUCGUUUAAAAUGGCAUAACCAAUCAGGAAAAAAUAAAGGACUUUUAAGUCUACUAACUACAUGUGUGUUCAGAAACUGUUGAGAAAAAAUUGAGUCAGCUUCUAAAGCUAAUAAUUUUUGACUCACAGUUUAUAACUAAUUUAUAAAUGGUGUGUAUUUUAAUGUUAUUACAGGUGCUAGAGUUUGAUGUUGGUGAUGUUGGAGUUGUAGAAGAAAGGACACCUUCUUUUUCAGAAACUGCAGUUGCACCCUCUGAAACAAAAGGGGGAAAUCCAAUGUCUUAUCCAGCAGACCAGUUCAGUGGGAGUAAAUAUCCAACAUACCGCUUCAAACAUUUCACUGAUGAGAAAGUUAUGGUGGCUGUCAACCAAGUAUGCCAUGUGCUUGGUUGCUAUGGAAACCUUCCACUUAUAUGUGAUUAUUUCCUGGACUUGUUUCAUGAGUCAAAGCUCUACCAGAAACAAGCUGUUUACAUCCUGACUGAGAUUGUGUUUGGUUCCUCCAGAAACACAGUUAUCAAAUUAGAAACUAGUACCUGUAAUGGUAAGAGGUCACACAUUAUAUUAUAUCACUGAUCUCAGGUGCUUUCUGAGAUGACUUCAGAUUAAUCUUUUUCACAGAGUUUUGAAAUAUGAUUACAGUUGAACCUCUCUACAACGGCCACCUUGGGGACAGAAGAAAGCGGCCACUGUAGAGAGGUUUUACACAAGAGUCAAUGUGUGGAUUUUUUGUCAGCUGGGACGAAAAUAAGUGGCCAUUGCAGAGAGGUGGCUGACAGUUAGCAGAGGUUCAACUGUAAAUCUAUAGAUUCAUAUCAUUAGAAGCAGUGAUCUAAGUUAUACACUGUAAAUUGCAUAUCAUAGCAACAGAAAUGUGUUGAUUUUCAAAUCAUAUCAGGUUCUUUGAUUUCUGACCUUUUAUGAGCAGGUACAUGUAGUUGUUUCUGAAACAACACAUGGAUCUUAAAAGUAAAAUGCAACCGUACAUGUUUGUUCAUUGAGAUUUAAGUAAUGAUGAAAUUCCGUGCUUCUUUUUAUUUUUAUUCUUCCUAUUAGACUUGAUAUUCAGCCUUCUCUAAACAUAAUUUCAUUCUUUAGAGAAAUAAUUUCUAUGAGGCACGUUUUGGGGUUCAGAAGGAAACAAUUAACUCCCAGCAAUUCUACAUCCCCCAUACUACACCCUUUUUGCCCCUCCAAAUUUUACAUACAUAUUGUCUACAGGGACCACCGUAGUACCCAAGAGAAAUUAAAAAAAACAAGGGUUAUGCAACAUUUGGGGUGGCAAUCAAGUUGCAUUAUAGGCGAAACUGGGAAAAUGGUGAAUAAGAGGCAAAAUCUCUCUUCUAUAUACAGUGAAACCCUGUUAAUACGGACACUGAGGGGGCCAUAGAAAGUGUCUGCAUUAACAGUGUGUCUGUAUUCAGCAGGUUGAAUUGAGAGAAAAUGUGUGGGCCCAGGACAGGGAAAACUGUCCAUAAUAUAGGUGUCCGUAAAUUAACCGUUAAUGAAUGAGGCUGAGUAUCUUAUGAAGAAUUAUGAAGAUCGAGGAGGGUGUUAUCCGUCGAGGCCAUAGGUGUUUUAUUAUUCAUUCAAAAUAAUUCCUAGUUUAAAAACGUAGCUAAAACAUGCUUACCUCCAUCGAUCCAUCGAUGUUAAGUUCAUCUUUGAUAGUGCACUUUUAGGGUUGUUCAGCUUCGCAAAUAUUCUCCAAAUAGCAGAUGUCGCCCUUUGAGUUGUCUUCUUGCUGUUCUUGCCGUGUUUUUAGUUAUUUUUUUGCCUGGUUCUUACUCUUGAAAUGAGUGAAUUGUCCAUCAUUUUUGUUUUCACAACCAAAACAACUCAACGGCGUCGCCAGGUCUUCUCGGUUAACGGUGCAUUAACCUGCAAAAACGAUGCAUUUUUGACGUCAUUUCCUUGUUAAACACAAAAUUCUUCCAAAUUUGGUCAUCAGCAACUGGUUAUGGUGAAUUAUGCUUGUGCUUUUAGCCAAUCAGAAUCAGGGAAAUAUUUUGAAUGAAUAAUAAGUAGGGUUUGAUUGUAUUUAUACUGUGUAUUUUUUUUUUUUACUUCAUUUAUUUUCUAUAAGUUCUUUGAUUUUAGCACAGUCAUUUUCACAGGCAAUGAAGAGGCCACAAGUGAAGCUGAUAUUGAAGGAAGAAAUCCACUGGAAGUACAGGACAUUGUAGAGAUUUUAAUCACAGAGUACAUUUCUGAUGUUAAUUGGAACCUUGUGACCUCCAACCCUCCACUGCUGCACAAACCAACAUCAUCUGAUCCACAAGAUUUUCUUUCAGGGAAAAAAGACACUAAGCCAAUCAAGACUCUUCCCUUUGAAGUCCUCAACAGCAAUAUUCAGCUUAACUGCUUGAUGUUGGAGGCAAUUGGUGUGUUUUCAAAGGUGUGUGGCUCACAAUUUGAGCAUUUUCUCAUGAAGGUUCUUUACCCUGUCAUGGCAAAGCUAGGCAGUGAUAAUGCUGCUGUUAGUCGCUCUGCUUAUGAGACUCUUAUAAAGGUCUGUCAGAGCUGUGGUUAUGUAUCAGUGGAUGAGCUAAUUGCAAAGAAUGCAGACUACUUAGUGAAUUCAAUUUCUUUGGAUUUCAAGUAUGUGUUCAUGAACAGCCAAGCACCUUGUGUUUUAAGAGUCAUGAUCCAAUACAGUAAUCCUGGUAUAUUGUCCAUUAUUGAAGACACACUCAUGGAUGUAUUUUCUGUGAUUGAUCUCUAUCCUGAUGAGCUGUUGUAUUUGUUAAUGAAAGUACUGAAUGUGUUGGUUCAGAUGAUAGGAAAGUGGUUUCCUGCAACAGAUUUAAAAGCACUGGCAGAAAACAUUCACAAGGUAAAAUAUGUUCAUUCCUUCUAUUUCUUACAGAAAUUUCUUUCCAUUUUAUUUUCGUGUUAAAUUUUUGUAUCUUUUUUCCAAGAACAAAACAAGUUUCAGUCACGAUGAAAACCAAACUCAACAAGGUGGAGAAGAAACAGUGUUCUCGGCAGAUGAAAUAAGGCAGUUUUUUGAGGAUUAUCACAAAAGAAAGCAACAGUCAAUGGGUUACCUGGAUGGUGACAAUGACGAAUCAGUGACAACAGAACCUGAGAGGGAGGGGGCAGUGGAAGAUUCAUUUGUGCCAGACAAGAAGCCUGAAAUUCCAACACAUGUCAAAUAUAUUACACAGGUAUGCAUGGGGAACACUUUCCAAAUAACAUUAUCAGAGCUUCACUGUUUAUUUUUUCUUACUUAAAUCCUUCAGUCCAAUAAUAUAGAAAUAAAGGUACAUAAAACUCGAGGCAUAGCCAGGUGUUUUAGCAAUCUACA